UGCCUGGGGAUGAACCGAACCAAGGUGCAGAGGGGCCGCCACAUUGGCCACUACACUGCUCCCCCCUGCUGGAACUCCAGAGAAAUGCAAAGAACGAAUAUUCGCCGGAGUUUUGCUACAAGGACACGGAAGAAGAAUACAGUUGCACCAAAACAGGAAGUCGAUGCAAGCGAGUCAUUUCCGCUUUUGAGACUGAGAAAACACGGUAGAGUGCUUUGGACCGGAGCAAUCACACGUCGAGAGGAGAGAUGGAAAUUGAUUGGGGUGGAAGCGCUACUGGAAAUGGAAAUGAUAUGACGAAAGAGACAAUUCUUUUGACAAACGUCCACACUGAUCUGCCGCUCCCUAUUGCAGAGCCUCUUAAAACGAGCCUCGUUGAAGGGGACUACCAGUACUACCACUAUGGUUGCGAUGGACAAGAUGACAGAGGUUGGGGAUGUGGAUACCGCACCAUCCAGUCUAUGGCUUCCUGGCUGGGAUCUAAUGUGAAACCUCAGGUCCAAAACAAACCUCCACCAAGCAUCCCAGAGAUCCAACAAGCCUUGGUGUCUAUGAUGGACAAACCGAGCUCAUUUCUGGGUUCCAAGGAGUGGAUUGGGACUUUCGAAGCCUCUCUGGUGCUCUCUUAUUUUUAUGAUGUUCCCUGUAGGUUGGUGCACGUCAGAAGCGGAGGAGCAGAGCUGGAGCAGGUCGCCGUGGAGACGCUCCAUCGGCACUUUAGCAAACACAGAUGUCCCGUUAUGAUGGGCGGAGAUAGGGACAACUCGUCAAAGGGGGUGAUGGGGGUGUGCACUGGGGCCGCUGGGAGCUACCUGCUGAUCGUGGACCCCCACUACUAUGGAGGUCAGCUGGAGAGGGGAGAGGUGCAAAGACGAGGCUGGGCAGCAUGGAAAAAAUUGGCGUCUUUCAAUCAGUCUUCUUUUUAUAAUCUCUGUUUACCUCAGAUUGGUGGAAGCAUCACUUAAACUAGAAAAUGGAACAUGUGUGGGGCCUAUUUAUUGAAGUAAAUGAUGUACAAAUUUUGUUCAGUUCAAUUGUGUCUUUCAAACGUAAUGUUAAUUUAAAAAAUGCACAGGUGACAGUGAGAAAGGAAUUACAAUACACCCCGAAUACCACUAAUAUGAAUGCAACACUGUUUAGGUUUGGUAUAUGGUGCAAAAUAGCAUAUCAAGUACAAGGACAAGAUUUAAAGUAGUUGAAAUACCUGCGACAUUUUAGGUUGCUAAAUCUGUCAGCAAAAGUCAUCAUCUUGGUUUUUCUCACGCCAGCUCUCGCGAUACAAUCUGGAAGUUGUAGAAUUUGUUUGUUCUCCGAAGUUUAACUAAUGAUAAUACUGUACUUAUUGAUCAACAGUGCCCUCUGUCGACCACAAAUCGCUACUACAGGGCUAGCCUUUGGUCAAGUUUAUCCUUUGAUUUUGCUCUCUCUUUUUUUUAGCCAGAUAAAGUUGACCUGUGCGCAAGAAGUUGGAAUAAAAACAAAGUACACAA